CAAAAUGGCGGGCGUCAUAUCUUGAUUGGGCUUCGAAACCGGUGAAAAAUAACAGAGAUUUUAAACAAAUUAUAAGAUUUUGGCAUUUAUGAAGGAUUCCCAGGAAAGUAUGGUUGUUCAAGAGCCAGUACAGGCUGCUAUAUGGCAUUGUUUAAACCACUAUGCCUACGAAGACGCUAUUUUCCUUGCUGAGAGAUUAUUUGCCGAAGUUGGGUCUGAUGAAGCCUUGUUUUUACUAGCAACAUGCUAUUACCGAGCAGGACGACCUAUAAACACUUACUGGUUGUUGCAGUCCAAGGGAUGUAGAACACCCCAAUGUAAAUUUUUACUUGCACGCUGUUGCUUAGAUCUUGAAAAAUUGUCUGAAGGAGAGACCUGUUUAGCGGGUAAUGUUUUUAAUAAAUCCAAAUCAAAUGAUGACAUCAUAAGUGAAUUUGCCGACUCAGCGGGUUUUGUAUUCUCUAUGUUGGGAGAUAUAUUUAGCCAUACUGAAAGGUUUUCCAAAGGAACUGAAUAUUAUAAAAAAAGUUUAAAAUGUAAUCCAUUUCUCUGGUCCUGUUACCAAUCUCUGUGUGACUUAGGAGAAAAGCCAGAUCCCAAUAAGAUAUUUCAUGUAUCAUCAUUGCCAAAUUUCUCCACAUGUCAGUCUUUUGGAUAUUCUGCCAUACCUUCUGUUAACCAGCCAACUGAAAAUGUACCUAUGACAACGGAAACAACCCACUUCCAAGAUUCUACUCCAAUAACAUCAAGUAUAAUGAAAGAAUCCAACUCCACUUCCCCAGACACGGGUAACGAGUCAAGUACCAUAUCUACACCAGACAUAGUGCAAUCAGGAUUAUCCUCUUCAAACAUUGCAUCACGUGGUGCUGGCCGUACUAGACCAAGGGUUGGUAGAACUCUAUUGGGUAUACCAAGUAUACAAUUUAGUCCAAGUUUUGGUGUGUUACCGUUAGAUACACCCAGUCCAGGGGAUACCGGACCUAAUAGUUAUAUUACACCGCCCACUACAGGGUUGAAUGACAUGCAGAUGACUACAGCACCCAAGAAAACCUUACCACGGCGAAAUAUGAGUGCUACAACAACCAAACCAGUAUUUACACAGUCUGGCAACAGUAGUAAUCGUGAUAUUCAGAUAACACAGACACCAAGUCCACAUAUAGGUCCUCCACAGCAAGUAUUAUUUCAAGGUGUGCGUCGCAGCUCCAGACUUUUUAGCAGUUCUAAUUCAGUUAAGGAAAAUGCAGCUAAGAAAGCUCCAACAAAAAUUAAGUUUCAAUCACCCAAAGUUCCGACGAGAAAGACGAAAACCAGAAGCAGUAAAAGCACGACGAUAUCCGAACAGAGCGAUGUGAAAGGUGAAGGAAUGCCACUCAGUGAGUGUAUAAAACCACUACCAUUAACGCCUACUGUAGCACAGAUUGUUAAUUUCCAAAAAGCAUCUGCAGAGGGUCUGAUGUGUUUAUUACGAGACAUCGCUAAAUCUUAUUUAUCACUGAGUCAGUAUGAUUGUCGGAAAUCUAUCACAUCUUUCAAUAAUCUACCUAUGCAUCACUAUAAUACACCAUGGAUACUCUGCCAAGUUGGCAGAGCAUACUUUGAAAUGGCAGAGUACAACCAAGCUGAAAAGUACUUUGGUGAAGUGCGUAGGAUAGCACCAUACUACUUGGAAGGGAUGGAGAUGUAUUCAACUACAUUAUGGCAUUUACAAAGGGAGGUGGAACUAUCAGCAUUGGCACAGGAACUUGUAGAAAUUGACAAAGAAGCCCCAGAGGCUUGGUGUGCAACAGGGAACUGUUUUAGUCUUCAAAAAGAACAUGAUACAGCUAUCAAAUUUUUCCAAAGAGCAAUUCAGUGUAAUCCAAACUUUGCUUAUGCUUAUACAUUACUUGGACAUGAAUAUGUAUUAACAGAAGAAUUAGAAAAAGCAUUGGCAUGUUUUAGGAGUGCCAUCAGAAUUGAUGUUAGACAUUAUAACGCAUGGUAUGGUGUUGGUAUGAUUUACUAUAAACAAGAAAAAUUUGCAUUAGCUGAGAUGCAUUACAGAAAAGCAUUGUCUAUUAAUUCACAAAGUUCAGCUUUAUUGUGUCACAUUGGAGUCGUGCAGCAUGCAUUACAGAAAUCAGACGCUGCUUUAUCAACACUUAAUAUAGCACUGAAAUCAAACCCUAAAAAUGCACUUUGUAAAUUUCAUAAAGCAUCAAUAUUAUUUGCUACUGAGAAGUAUCAGGAAGCACUAAACGAGCUUGAAGAACUUAAAGAGAUUGUACCCAAAGAAUCCUUAGUGUAUUUCCUACUAGGAAAGGUAUACAAAAAAUUGGGACAAACCCACUUGGCUUUAAUGAAUUUUAGUUGGGCGAUGGACCUGGACCCCAAAGGGACUAAUAACCAAAUUAAAGAAGCUAUAGAUAAAAGAUAUUUACCAGAUGAUGAUGAUCCAACGGAUACAACACUCAGUGAAGUAAACCCUGAUGCUGCAGUUAUUGCUGAUGUAGCUGCAGCUGUGGUUGGUGCUGUUGCUGACGCUGACGCUGCAGCUGAUGCUGCAGGCAACGACAAUGAAAUGGAGAUUGAAGGAGAUGAUGUCCAGUUACAGUCAGAUGACAUGCUACAAGCCAAUGAGAGUGAUGAAAGUCUAUGAUGAUGUCAUAAGGCCAAUGUGCUAAUUUUUUUAAUGAAACCAUGGAAACAUGCAAAUGUGAUUCUGUUAACCAGUCAUAUUCAAGUACAAAAGAUGUAUGUAAAUGUUACACAUAACUUACCGAUGGGAUUUAUUGAUUUUGUAUUUUGUAAAUAGCAUAUAGAGAUGUAUUAUUUCACAUAAAAAAGCAUGAUUUUAGCAUUUCUAAGACAGAUAUUAAUAUGCUUCAACUUUACACUGGUAAAGUGUAUCAGGUGGUGCAUAUGCAUUAUUUUCAGG